GCCGCUUCCAAGAUCUCGGAAAAACAGAACAAAACCAAAAACCAAAACGACACGUCUCUUUAAUUGAAUUGAAUAUUGGAGGUUUUAGGUGUGGAUGAUUAUGCAGAAGAACAUGUAAAGAUGGAACAGGAUCGGAGGCUUAAGCUCAUCGACCUCGCCAUUCAGAAGCUUAUCAAUGACAACAAACUCCAACAUAAAGACCCUGACGCUGAAUACCAACUCGCUCUCUCUCAUUUACUCUCUGUCUCUCAGUUGGAAAUGUCGAAAAGUGAUGAAAUGCUCAAGCAAUCCGAGGCUUCUACUCCUUCAGAGCCAGAAGCUUCUGUGCCUGAGAGAACAGUUAGCAAAAAUAAGGAUGCUGGUGAGGUAGAAGGAAGAUCCAGGGGAAGUGAGAUUGAUGAGAUAGUCAAAGAGCUAAAGAAGGUAAAGAAGCAGAAUUUUGUGACCCAUUGCCUUCUUUCAGUGAUGAUUGUCCUCACUGCAGCCUGGCAACUAUCACAAGUCUCUAUGAUGUUGAAAGUCAGAGACGGACUAAACCACCCGUUUCGAUCUUUUGGAAGCAUGAUCAAGAGGAUGGUUGUUCCUGAGAUAAAUGGCCAGGAACCUGAUGACAAAGAACAUCCAGCUGAACAAUCUCCAUCUUCAAUCAACAUGCCAGAGAUGCCUUCUAUCAAUGUACCAAGUUUGCAGAAUUGAAUGAAACAAAACUUGUCAUCUUCUGUUUUUAUUGCAAUGGUUGAUCCAUUCUCAAUUGGUUGAAUUUGAAUGUGAUAGUGAAAAUAGGGAGGGAAAUGACUGCCAAGGAGUGUUUUAAGAUGUUGCGUGUAAUCUGCAAGUGUUGAUAGUGUAUUUUAAUGUAGUUACUGCCGAUGAGUAUUGGUCUAA